CUACACGAGUCUGUUUGCGCCGCCAUGAAGGUUGCCGCAUACGCCUCUCUGAUCGGAGCCGCCACGGCUGCCGUCGCCCCCGGCCAGUCUAUCCUCAAAGCUCCUAAGCAGGCUUCAGAGGCAUGGUCCAAGCCUCUGCACAACCUGCAAGAGUCUCUCAAGUCCUUGACCGGCGAGGCCCGCCAGAUCUGGGAUGAGGUCGCUCUCAUGUUCCCCGAGGCAAUGGACCAGACCAGCUUCUUCUCUCUGCCCAAGCCUCACUCGCGCAAGCAUGACAACGAGUGGGACCACAUCAUGAAGGGUGCCGACAUCCAGAGCGUCUGGGUUGAGAAUGCCCAGGGCCAGAAGGAAAGAGAGAUCGAAGGCAAGCUCGAGAACUACAGCCUGAGAACCAAGAAGGUUGACCCCAGCCAUCUCGGUGUCGACAAGGUCAAGCAGUACAGUGGUUAUCUCGAUGAUGACGAGGACGACAAGCACUUGUUCUACUUGGCCGUCUCCCUCGGNUUCUUCGAGUCCCGCAACGACCCCAAGAACGACCCCGUCAUUCUUUGGCUCAACGGUGGCCCUGGCUGCUCUUCCUUGACUGGUCUGUUCAUGGAGCUUGGCCCCUCGUCUAUCAACAAGGAUGGCAGCCUCAAGUACAACCCUUCGUCUUGGAACGCCAACGCCUCGGUCAUCUUCCUCGACCAGCCCGUCAAUGUCGGCUACUCGUACAGUGGCAGCUCCGUCACCAACACUGUUGCUGCCGGCAAGGACGUCUACGCUCUCCUGACUCUCUUCUUCAAGCAGUUCCCCGAGUACGCUACCCAGCCUUUCCACAUCUCUGGCGAGUCUUACGCUGGCCACUACAUCCCCGUCUUUGCUUCUGAGAUUCUUUCUCACAAGAAGCGCAACAUCAACCUCCAAUCUUACCGUCCCAUGGCUUGCGGCGAGGGUGGUUCUCCUGCUGUUCUUGAUCCUCAACAGUGCCAGGCCAUGGACAAUGCCCUGCCCCGUUGCUUGAGCUUGAUUCAGAGCUGUUACGACAGCGAGAGUGUCUGGUCUUGUGUUCCUGCCUCCAUUUACUGCAACAACGCCAUGAUUGGUCCUUACCAGAAGACGGGCCGCAACCCCUACGACAUCACCAAGAAGUGCGGUAGCAACAGUCUUUGCUACGAUGAGCUUGACUGGAUCAGCGAGUACCUCAACAGACCCGAGGUCAUGAAGGCUCUCGGCGCCGAGGUCAGCAAGUACGACUCUUGCAACUUUGACAUCAACAGAAACUUCCUCUUCGCUGGUGAUUGGAUGCAGCCCUUCCACCGUCUCGUCCCUGGUAUCCUCAAGGAGAUUCCUGUCCUGAUCUACGCUGGUUCUCUCGACUACAUCUCCUGGACCGAGGCCCUUGAGUGGCCCGGCCACAAGGACUUCAAGAAGACCCCUCUUGAGGACUACGUUCUCUCUGACGGCACCACCGCUGGAGCCGUCAAGAGCAGUGGCAACUUCACUUUCAUGAGAAUCGAUGGUGGUGGCCACAUGGUUCCUUACGACCAGCCUGUUGCUUCCCUCGAGAUGGUCAACCGCUGGGUCGCUGGAGAGUGGCUUGCUUAA